AUGUUGCUUGGUGCUGAACGGGCCCUCGGAGUGAGCAGCGGUUUGGGGAUUCCUCUGAGACACUUUGAGGACGUGACAGCAGCUGUGUCAGAGCUCAGAGACAAACUACAGAAAAUCCUGAGAGACACAUGGACAAACAUCUCAACAAGACUCACUGAGGCUGAGAGUUCACUGACAGAACCAGAACCAAAGACCCGAGCUGAAUUCCUAAAAUAUUCACAAGAAAUCUCCUUGGAUCCAAAUACAGCAAACAGAUUUCUGUUACUGUCUGAGGGGAACAGAAAAGUAACUAGGGUAGAAGAGCAACAGUUUUAUCCUGAUCAUCCAGAAAGAUUCACUGGUUGUUGUCAAAUCCUGAGUACAAAGAAUCUGACUGGACGUUGUUACUGGGAGGUGGAGUGGAGCGGAGGAGGAAUUGAAGUCGUAGUUUCAAAUAAAAACAUUGGCAGAGCAAGGAGAUCAAAUGAAUGUGAGUUUGGAUUCAAUGACAAAUCUUGGUCAUUAAAUUGUACCACAGACAGUUACACUUUUUAUCAUAACCUUAUUAAUACUCCAGUACCAGGUCCAGUUUCCUCCAGAAUAGGAGUGUACCUGGAUCACAGAGCAGGUAUUCUCUCUUUCUACAGCGUCUCUGAAACCAUGACUCUCCUCCACAGAGUCCAGACCAGAUUCACUCAGCCUCUACAUGCUGGAGUUGGUCUUUUCUCCUUAUUUUCAUAUUAUGGUGAAGCGACUGCUGAGUUUGUUAACUUGAAAUAGUUUAUUUAGUCUCCAUCUUUGUUGUCGUUUCUUCGUAGCUCAGAGAUCUUUAUGGCUCUGCUUGGUCGUCCUAUAUGUUUAUAUUGGAGUUUGAGUGACUCUAGUUAUUUA